UUAGGCUGGAUAUUAGAAAUUGGUUGGCGAAUGGUUGGACACGUGUCACUUGAGAUCCUAUUGUGGUCAUUCACCUCUGUCCAGCAACUCCUAUCCCAACCUCCACGUGGUGCCAACCGGGAUACGAGUAACCUUAGCGGAGAUCGGGUAACCAACCCCGGUGGAAACUUUGGUCGUAUGCUGACUGGGAAGGGGGAACGUACGCGGCUGUUUCCCCAUGUUAAGGGCGGCGUACAACAGCGUCUGAUCCGGAGUGGGCGGCUGAAUCAUGAAACGCGGUGUCUCGCCAGCUAUAUCAAAGACGGUAGCCCCGUCGCGAGACUAGGUAUCGCAGCCCUAGUAAGGCAGCAUACUUAAUUUUAAAUACUACGAACAAUCCAGAUAUAAAUACGGAACGAAACAAUCGGCAUGGACCUAGGCGAACGAAAAAGGACAACGAUUAUUGGAAACUCGGUACUUGGAAUGUAAGGACUCUACUCGAACCGGCACGCGCAAGUAUCCUGGCUAGAGAGCUGCGGAAGGUGAAUGUGGAGGUUGCAGCUAUCCAAGAGGUGCGGUGGCCGUAAUCGGGAGAACGCGAAUUCCGAGCAGUAGAUCCUAUUGCGGACACUUCAUUGAAGUACCACAUCCACUAUAGCGGCGGCGUGAAAGCAGAAAGAGGAGUCGGUUUGGUGCUAAUUGGAAAACAGGUGAAGCGUGUCAUUAGAUGGAGGCCGAUCAGUGACCGUAUAUGCGUGUUGAGAAUUAAGGGCAAAUUCUUCAACUACAGCCUAAUAAAUGUGUACGCACCGACCAACGAGAAACCCGAUGACGAAAAGGAGGAGUUCUAUAAGCUCCUGGAAAAGACAUACAAUGAGUGCCCAGGACACGAUAUAAAGAUUGUCAUCGGAGAUGCAAAUGCACAGGUCGGGCAGGAAGACUUCUUCCGCCCCGUAACUGGUAGGGAAAGCUUCCACUCUACUACGAAUGACAAUGGCCUGAGGCUUGUUAAUUUCGCUGCAGCUAGGGGGAUGGCUAUAUGUAACACUUAUUUUGCACGCCGGAACAUACGUAAGCACACCUGGAUGCACCCGAAUGGAGAGCUUUGCUUUCAAAUUGACCACGUUCUGAUUGAUGGACGGCACUUUUCAGACGUUACAGACGUGAGGUCGUUCAGAGGACCGAACGUUGACUCGGAUCACUAUCUCGUAGUAGCCAAAAUCCGCGCCCGACUGUCCAACGUGCUGAAAUCCAUGGCAACGAGGAGGAUGCAGUUGAACAUCCAGCGGCUAUCAACUGAAGGAGUGGCUGCAGAGUACUCGCAGAAAGUUGAUGAACGGAUUGAGGAAAGAUUUGAAGGGAACCUGAAUGAACAGUGGAGGCACAUCCACAGUUCGAUCAGCACUACAGCGCGAGAAGUGUUGGGUACAACUGCGGCAGCUGCGCCCAAUGAGUGGUUUGACGCUGAGUGCCAGCGAGUGACGGAAGAGAAGAACCGCGCCAGGGGUCACAUGUUGGCCACGGCUGUGACUCGUCAGAGCAUGGGUAGAUAUCGAGAUACAAGAGCCGCUGAAAAGAGACUCCAUCGCCGGAAGAAACGACAGCAUUGGGAGCGUAUUCUUGCGGAGGCGGAAGGUUGCUUCUCCAGGCACGAUGCGAGGAGCUUCUACAAGAAGGUCAACGGUAUCAGGAAUCGAAACGUGUCAGCCCCUGUCAUGUGCAACGAUAGGGAGGGGAACCUGAUAACCGAUAAAACAGAGGUGGCCAGACGUUGGAAGGAACACUUCAGUGUGCUGUUGAACGGUGAGGGAAACAGUGGAGUCGAAAGAAGCAGGAUGACUAUUGAGAAUGAUGGUCAAGCUGUGGAUCCACCAUCCAUGGACGAGGUGAAGAAAACAGUGAAAGAGCUGAGAAACUGCAAGGCAGCCGGGAAGGACGGCAUUCCCGCCGAACUCUUCAAAGUCGGGAGCGAACAGCUGUAUCGUGCCAUCCAUCGGAUCAUGCUAAGAGUGUGGUCUGAUAAAGAAUUGCCCUCGGACUGGUUGGAGGGUCUCAUAUGCCCGAUCUACAAAAAAGGCCAUCGCCUGGACUGUAGCAAUUAUCGGGGCAUAACUCUUCUCAAUACCGUGUACAAAAUUCUCUCCCGCAUCCUGUUCCACAGACUUAGGCCGUUGCAGGAGACCUUUGUUGGCGAGUACCAAUGCGGUUUUUGAGGGGGACGCUCCACGACGGACCAAAUGUUUACCUUGCGACAAAUCCUCGAUAAAUUUAGAGAAUACAACUUGCAGACGCACCAUCUGUUCAUAGACUUCAGGGCAGCGUACGAUUCAGUCAAGAGAAAUGAGUUAUGGCAGAUUAUGAUUGAACAUGGCUUCCCAACAAAGCUGAUUAGGCUGAUUCGUGCCACCCUUGAAGGUUCUACAUCAAGCGUCAGGAUAGCCGGUGAGAUAUCGGACUCGUUCGUGACGUUAGAUGGUUUGAAGCAGGGCGACGGGCUGUCGAACUUAUUGUUCAACAUCGCAUUGGAAGGUGCUAUACGGAGGGCCGGUGUGCAGAGAAGCGGCACCAUCAUUACGAAGUCGCACAUGCUUCUCGGUUUUGCGGACGAUAUCGACAUCAUUGGUAUCAACCGUAGAGCUGUGGAAGAGGCCUUCGGACCUCUCAGGAGGGAAGCUGCGAGAUUAGGGCUCGUCAUAAACUCUACCAAAACGAAAUACAUGGUGGCUGGCAGAGUGCGUGGUAAUCCGUCGGAUGUUGGUGCUGCGGUGGUGCUAGAUAAAGAGGCGGAUAGCAGCCGCAAACAGGGCCUUUUACGGACUACGUAACCAGCUAAGGUCCCGCAGUCUGCAAAUCCGUACUAAACUUGCACUCUAUAAAACACUGAUUCUUCCGGUGGCUCUCUACGGCCAUGAAUCAUGGACGCUGAAAGAGGCUGAUCGGUGAGCUCUUGGUGUUUUUGAGCGUAGAAUUUUGCGUUCAAUCCUUGGCGGCAAACUAGAAAAUGGUGUUUGGCGCAGACGCAUGAACCAUGAAGUGUACCAGGCAUACAAAUCGGCGGAUAUAGUCAAGCGAAUAAAACACGGCAGGCUUCAGUGGGCUGGGCAUGUAGCGAGAAUGCCGUAUGAGCGUCCCGCGAAGGCUAUAUUUAGCAGGAAUCCCGAUAGAGGUCGUCGACUUCGAGGUAGACCCCGCACUCGUUGGAUGUGUGCUGUCGACGAGGAUGCACGCGAAAUAGGUGUUAGGGGCGAUUGGAGGAUAGCAGCCCAAGACCGAGGGACAUGGCGACGUAUUCUGGAUUCGGCACUGGAUCGAUAAUCGGUCUGUCGCCUUAAAAGUAAAAGUAAAGUAAGUCGAGAUCACCGCCAUCACAAAAUUUAGCGCACUAGCUGAGAUAGUUCGAGACCCAAAAGAUGGGACUGAAUCGACCAUAACAGAUCGAAGAUCGAUAUCUAUCAGCAAAGUCAGUUUGAUGAACAAAAAAUACAAAUCAAAUUUGUAUCUGUUCGCAUUUUUUUUAUGUGUUGUAGCCAUAGCCUACCGAUUCUUUAUGAUUUCUUUCUGCUUUGAAUAACUGAACUAUAAAUAACAUAUCAAAUGAACUCAAUAUAAUGUUUUCUUUAAAUUUCCAUAAAA